GCGUGCUGUGGAAACGUAACUGCAGCGUUGGCUGGACGUACGCAGAGUUAAUGCGGCGGCGAUCAAGGGGCCCGCUGCCCCGGCGGCUGCUUAAUCCCGACGCCCCAUCACCCGAAGCGAUCCUCACACAUGACGCGGCGGCAGCCAUCAGCACCGAGAUUAACGACCUCGUGUCCAAUCGGAAGCUGCUGGCGGCAUUGCAGCAUGCCAAGGCCGCCAACAUGCACGCGCGGUAUCAAGCGUUGCGCAGCGAAGCGUCUCAGGUUGACAUGAACUACUCCUACGCCGAAGGGUUUCUUCCAGGGGUGUACUUUUACAAGUACUUGGCGUCGGUCGCGGACGUUGGCGGCGAAGACAAGGACAGACCUGCCGACGACAACUGCCACGUUCCACUCCGGUCUGUGGGGCACCCGAGGCUGCAGCUCAAAUGCUGGCUACCCGACACGAUUGUGUUUGGGGGCAGCUUCCCCCCCGUGUGGUUGUACAGCGACCAACACGGGUACAUUCGAAAGGUGAUCCAUUUUCAAGACGCCCAUGUGAUGGAAAAGUUGGGGAACCGGCGCUUUGAAAACGAUCCCGUGGUCGUGUUCAAGGAGCCCCAAGUCGUGAAGACCCCCUUGGCCACGACCACUGGCGGCAACCACAUCAAGCUGUACAACACGCUCGAGCUCAAGAGCGCCCUUGCCAAGGCGAUAGGGAGCCCCGUCACGUUUGCCCUGCAAAAGUACGUCAAACCCAAGGGCCCCAAGGCGUUUAUCGUGCGCGCUGUGUACAAAGCGGGGCGCCCAGCGUGUGGGUGGACCAUCACCAACAAGGCCCCGUUCGACGCCCCUCAUUUGCCCUGCUUAAGUCGAUUUUGCACUCUCACGGCUACAGACGACAGCUGCUCGUUUGCCAAGCUCACGGAGCGCGCCGUGGCCGACCUCAUGGACGUGCAUGUUCGGAUGCUCAAGUACGUCGAAGUGUCGUUGCGCGUGUCGUUUGAGAGUGUUGUGGCGGACUACAUCAAGGACGACAUGGGCCAGUGGUGGCUCGUCCAAGUCAAAGCGUUUCGGCUCAAAACCAUGCGGCCCACGGCGCUGUUGUCCAAACUCGGAGAUGCCUACGAUCGGUCGACCGUGCAAGACGACUGGGCCGAUGACGUUGUUGCUCCAGCUGCGUCGUUUAAGAAACCACCAAGUAGUCACCAUCAGACUGUGCAAGACAAAUGCAAAGUUCACAAGAUGGUGCCGUGCAAACUGUGCCAAGUGAUGUACCUGCAGCACGAAGUCGCGUACAAGAUGACCAUGAAAAUGAUGUACGAGACCAUUGCGCGCAUCCAACUUCGGUCGGCUAGCGACACCAACUUGUCGUUUCUCAGGCAUCCCAAGGACAGCCUCGACAGCGGACUGCUCUACCAAACGUGGAACGUGUGCAACCUGUGCUACGCGCUUUACGAACGCGACCAGGCGCUGCUCCAGGUCGAAACAAAGUUCACGGCGUUCCUUGGAUGCCCCACCAAACUGUCCACGUCGCGCAAGGGGGGGGUCACCAUCACGCACGACUCGAACGUCGCGAGGUCCCAACCCAUGCUCACCCAAGUGCCGACUGAGUUUACCCUGUGUCGUCUCAUGCUGUUCUUCACAGCGUUGUACGAUAUCCCCAAGGAGCUGUACGAGAGCGAAACCCAACUGGCCAACGACCCCACGCGACCCAAACGUUCUCGACUGUACCUCCGCUUCGCCGUGCUCGGAUUCGACUGCUUUGUGCCGCUGGACGCGCACGCAAUGCUCGCGUCCACGUCCAUCCCAUCCAACGAAGACGACGAACCCGCCACAUGCUACUGGAUCCCCCUCAACCUCAUGCGAUGCUUUCACUUUUUUGCCCCCAAGACCCCCCUCGCGUCCAAAUUGCGCGAGUCGUCGGGCCUCGGGUCAUAUUUGGCCGACGAAGGCACGAUUACGAUCCAGCUCAUUCGAUGCACCGACCCCCACACCGUCGACAUCGACGCCCGACGGGGCCACCAGCAACAGCCCCCUCCGACUCCAUCGUCGUCGUUCUCGACUGCGAGGGGUAUCCGAAGGAGGGGGUUACAGACCCACAAGGCCGCCGUGUGCGACGCCCAGGGGUCGUACUCGGUGCUCCUGGGGUCGACCAAGAUACAGCUGUACCAAUUUCGCAGCGCGUACGUGUCCAAGACAGACGUGUACACGAGCAUGAGCUCGGGGGAGCUGUUCAACUUGAAGGCCAACGUCGGCUUUGAGCGCAUUCGCGUGGUCAACUCCAAGCACAUUUUGGCACGAUACACCCUCCGCCAGUACUUUGGUGUGUUUGUACCCGACUCGUCGUACGUCGUGACUGACAAGUUGUGCACGGAAUGGGUGGACAACAUGAACGCUGUCACAGAGGACGCGACGUUGUACGUCCCCAAAGCCCACCUAGACCAGUUUCGAGCGCCGAGCAGCAGUGCCGCCAGCACCUCGUCGCUCCGAGACGCGAACGAGUUGGAAGACCUGAUCGAGGCAGAGUCUACCCGACAAGUGCCAUUGGCGGAGCCGCCGAAGCAUCGACGGAAUCCAUUGGACAGAAAGGUAAUGCAAGCAUGCGACGACGACGACGAAGGGGCACUGGACGGUGUGAUUCCAACACCCAACGAAGAUGUUGAGGAUGAUCCCGAGGGGCGGUCGUUGCUGUUUCAACGACGACGUUCGUCGCAAACGACGAGAGCAGCACCAGCAACGGCCGUCGUGCCCACCACGUGGUGCGUCACGGUGAUGUUGCAUCGCACACACAAUUGGCACCCGGACGAAGGCCAAGCUGGGUGGACUGCUGCGUUUUCGUUUCUGGACGAGGUUCACGAGGCACGGCAACAGGACGUUGUGCUUCGUCCCACCGAUCGGCAUAACGCCACACCGGCUGAUGACGUCGUGUUUGAUAGCACCCACCGCAUUUACGUACGGGGGGCGCUGGAUGCGAUGCAGGCGUUCUAUGGCAGUCCCGGCGGCGUCUGCACUGUGCGCUUGUCUCAUGCUGCCACGUCAUCGCGGCCGCCACGGACAGUCGAAAUCGACCUCACCGACUUGCAAACGUGUCGCACGAUCGACGGCACGUUCAACAUUGACACUGUGGCCGACGCCGUGCUGCAACCGCAGCCGUACCCGCCGUAUUUAUCCGUGUCGAUCUAUGUGACGCGCGUGCCCGACGACGAAGCGUCGCGCCUCGUAGUUGUGGGGUCCCCCGAUGCCACCGCCCCGGGGCUGCAAGUGCUAUCGGCACCUCCUUUGACCAAUGCUCAGUCUAUAAUUCCAUCCUAAGAACACCUUGGCAAAUAACCAAUAUUUCGACUAAAACAUCC